AUGCCUAAAUACGCCAAAUACCUUAAGGACCUUCUUAAGCGUAAGGAUAGGAUAGGUGAGCUUUCAAACAUUCUGUUGACUGAAGGUUGUUCCGCGGUGGUCUUGAAUAAGCUAUCGGAGAAACAAACCGACCCGAGUACAUUCACCAUUCCAUGCUUCUUCGAGGGUGCCAUUACCCCCGCUCAUGCCUUAGCCGACUUAGGUGCUAGCAUCAAUUUGAUGCCAUUUUCUCUUUAUGAGAAGCUGGGGUUAGGAGAGCUUACACCCACGCGUAUGUCAUUGUCCUUGGUCGACCGCUCGGUCAAGUAUCCUCGUGGAGUCAUAGAGAAUUUACUUGUUAAGGUAGAUAAGUUCGUGUUUCCCGUAGACUUCGUGGUUUUAGAUAUGGAGGCCGAUGAGGGAGUCACGAUCAUUCUUGGCCGUCCAUUCCUUCGCACCGCAAAGGCAGUCAUCGAUGUCUUUGACGGUAAGAUUUCACUUUGUGCGGGAGAUGAGAUAGUUACCUUUGAGAUAGAUAGAGCCAUGCAACACCCUAGUGGUAGUGAUGAUUCUAGUGGCCCGUGUCACUCCGUUUACUUCCUAGAUUUGUUCAUAUCGUGCGUUGAUGGGUGCAUAGAUUUUAUUAGUGGCGCUGAUCUAGCUAGUGAGGGAGUAGUUGAAGAGGAGUUUGUUGACGAGGGUGAGGAGGUAGAUUCGACUUGGGUUCCUGAAACCUUAGAGCUUUGUGAGAUUAAGGAAGAGAGUGGGAGUAAACCCGUAGAUACUCCACCCCUAGAGCUUAAGGUCCUUCCGUCACACCUAGAGUAUGCUUUCUUAGGAGAAAAUUUGAGUAUGCCAGUCAUUAUUUCUUCAAAAUUGACGGAGGAGGAGAAGAGGAAGUUAGUUGAGGUGCUAAAGGAGCACAAGGAGGAUAUUGCUUGGAAGUUGUCCGACAUUAAGGAGAUUAGCCCCAGUUUUUGUACCCACCGUAUUCUUAUGGAGGAUGAGUUUAAACCGGUGGUGCAACCUCAAAGGCGCCUAAAUCCCAACAUGAAAGAGGUAGUUAGAAAAGAGGUAUUGAAGUUAAUGGAAUCCAGUUUGAUUACCCCAUAUCCGAUUCUUCAUGGGUGA